CACACAUCCAGCGACUUAGCAAGUACUUUCAUGGCGCCCAAAACAGAGGGCAAAAGAAAGGCUGGGAAGGCUGAGGAUGAGCCAUCUGCAAAGCGAAGGGAAAAGGAGGACGUAGAGGCGGAUGAUCCCGUAGAUCCCAGGCCCGCAACGAAAGCGACGGUGGGCUUCGGUGUAGACACGACCCUCAAUGUGGUGCCCGCGAUGCAGGGCAAGGUUCUGAUGGCACUAACAGAGGGUGGGAUGCAAUAUUUCAUUGCUGGUGCAAGAGCAAGUGUGGGCAUGAAGGCUGGACGAUAUUUGUAUGAGGUCAAGAUCAUUGAAGCCUUGAAUCCUGUCGAGUCAACACAGGGAAUUCAUGGCCGAACUCCGCAGCCAAGGCAGCUGGUGCGACUUGGCUUUUCCACUGCAGGAUCAUCCUUGGUUUUGGGAGACUGUGAUGACUGCGUAUACUUUGAUUCAGAAGGGAACUUUGGUUCGGGCAAGAUGAAGAAGAGAACCUCCCAGAAUUUUACUCGUGAUCAAGUCAUCAGUGUUCUCCUGAACUUGGACGUGAACAGCCACAACGCUUACACCAUGAGCUUGUUUAGAGAGGGGGUUCGAAUAGCAGAGCCUCAAACGAUCCCGGAGCGUUUGCGCGACAAGCCGCUUUUUCCACAUAUUUGCUUCCGCAAUGUCACAGUCCAAGUGAACAUGGGUCCAAAUCUACUGAAGCCGCUACCAUUCAGCUGCAGAAUGCUGCAAUCAGCAGCUGGAUCCGAUGUGAUUGAAUCCAAAGAGUCUGAAGUCGGGGUUUACAAUGUGAUGAUGCCGGUAGCAGUUCCUGAUGAGGGAACCUUUGACUGGUUGGAUGAAUGGCUGGAAGCGCACCCGUCCUGGGUGGAGCUGAGUGACAGAAAACUACAGCAGUGGGCAGUGAGCAGUGGACUUUCAAAGCCAAAGGGCGGGUCUCAGGACAAGCCAUCCUUUGCAUACGGCAUCACGGGUAUGGAAGACAUGAGUUUGCAGAAGGUCAUCAGUGCAAUAGCUCCCACAAUUCCACGGAAUUAUGUUGUGAUGGAAGUCAAAGCAAAUCUGCUGGCUUCUGAACGCGCAGAAGUUUUGAAAAGAUUUAGCUUACCCCACUUCAAGAAGACAGCCAUGGUGAUCAUGGGGAAGCCAACUGAAGAAUUCAAAGACAAAUUGCGAACCAAAAUUCUCCGAGAGAAACAGGCAAAGGCAGACAAUGAAUGGAGGCUCAAGAAAGCGCAAAGAGAGCAGCAGAAACAGAUGCUGCGACGACAGAGAGAACUGGCAGAGUUUCGCAGAAAAGCUGAAGAAAAUAGAAAGAAGCUGUUGGAAGAAGCCAUGAAAAAGGCCGGUGAUGAAAAAAAAGAGGAUGGCAAAGAGAUGAAGAAAGAAGUGAAGGAGGAGCUUGAAGAGGAGAAGCUUGAUGCCAAGGAGGAAAAGGUGGAGGCAAAGGAAGAGGAGGUCAAGGAAGAAGACGACGGUUUGGGUGAUGAGCCGCCGAAGGUAGAGCUUUCAGAAGAAGAGUUGCACUUCGACUUCCGGCCAGUUAUUGUCGGUGACAUUGCGCCCGCCGCACUUUCGAAGAGUUUGUCAAGCUUCACAAUUCCGGAGGAAUCUGAAGGAUUCGACUCGGUGGAGUUUGUUUGGGAAGGCGAGGUUGAGUGCAAAGAGUACUUGAGAAGAUGGGUCUUGGAUGCAAAGCAAUCAACACGGAUGGAAGACUUGCAGCCUUCAAAGAGCUUCACGGACAAAAUGGGUUCUUGGCAGAAGCAAUUCCAGGAAUGGCAGGCAAAGCAAAAGAGCUUCAAGACCAAUCCGACCAAGAAGGAGAAAAAAGACGUUGAGGAGGCAGAAACAAAGGUUGAUAUAUUCUCCAUAGAGGAUGUGGAUGACAUGGGUGAUGGAGAACCCUUGUACGCAAACUUUGCACCAGAGGACUGGGCUUUGCUGCAGCUACGCUACGAGUCCUAUUUGCUGCAGGAGUCCUUCAAGAAGGAUGUUGAUGAUCCAGACCGAACUGACAUCCCAGAAGUUCACAUUGCCUUCUACUUCUCCAAGUACUUCAAACGCACUCUGAAUCCGCAGGUGUUUAAUUUCAAAACUGUCGGUGAGCUCUUGGACCUGGUCAAGGACACAGUUAUUGUGAGCGGAGAGCCGGCAGUGUUGACAUCGAACAUGGACGAUGUGGAUUCUCCUGAGAUCUUUGUAAAAUUGACGGAGGAAUGCCGAAGAGACCGACAAAGACGAACUGAUGCUGGCGACGAAACGGCCAAGUUAAAGUACACUCCACCUGCCGGUGCAGCAACUGCUAUCAGGCAAGCAGACUUGCAUAAAGGGUUUACCAUUCAUAGAGCACUUAUGGCACAUGUUUGA